AUGAUCGCGAAAGCGGCAGAGCACGGCCACGCUUACGUGUGUCCUGAUCGACCCGGUACCGCGCUAGUGAAGCAAGUCAGCCGCCGAGUUGCGGCAGCCCGCCUCGCAAUGCAACCUCCACCUAGAAAGAGUAACUAUACGAAGUUCUUAAAGAACCUUCAUACGGAGCAGAUUGCCAAGCUCCAUGCGAAGAACCAGCAUGAGUGCGAUCUGUUGGAAGACCUUCGCACCUACGUCAUCAAGCGCUCUGCUAUUGAGAAAUCUUAUUCAGAGGCCCUGUUGAAGAUCUCGUCGGCCUACCUGAAUAAGAAAAUACCGAACAUUCCCGACAUUAAAGUUGAUGGAGCCGAGGAGAAAUGGAACAUGUGGAAUGUAUGGCGCACGGUGUUGGAAGAGAACGAGAAGUUGGCACGCGCGCGUCUCGCUGCCGUGGAAGUGUUUCAGCAGCAGAUUGCAGAUGAAGCGAAGUUCCUCCGCUCUCACAAGCUGAAUGUCGCUAAGAAGUGUACAGAUUUGCUGGCUCAAGCGCAUAAGGAACUGCAGUUGACCGUUAUGGAUGUAGACAAGACCAAGAAGUUGUACUUCGAUGAGGAGCACACCGCUCAUGAUGUCAGGGAUAAGGCGAAAGACAUCGAGGAAAAGCUGAAGAAAAAGAAAGGCUCCUUCUUCCAAUCCAUUACUUCACUACAAAAAAAUAGCGCCAAAGUGUCUUCUCGUCGUGACCAACUAGAGGAGAAGUCUACUGGAGCCAGAAAUGAUUAUCUUCUGAGCAUCUCCGCAGCUAAUGCUCACCAGAACCGCUAUUUCCUGGUGGAGCUUCAGACUUGCAUGCAAAACAUGGAGUCAUCUGUAUAUGAGAAAGUGUCUGAAUUUCUGACCUUAAUGGGGCGCACCGAACUGCUGACCUGUUCAGCCACACAACACUCUUUUGGGAAAAUAAGGGAUCAAGCUCAGCAGCUGACCAGGGAGUACAAUUUGCAGUGUCUCUAUUUGUACUAUCCAGUACUGAAACAACAUAUUCAGUAUGAGUUCGAGCCGUGCGAUAAUGAUCCAGUUGAUACUGUGACCAUGGAGCAUGAGUCAGUGUCGCAGACACUUGCACAGGAAGCUCGUCGUUGGGCAACGCGUGUGGUGCGUGAGACUGCUCUCGUCAGGGACGCAACACGUAAACUUCAUCUUUACCAAGCCAUGCGCGAUGCUGGACAAAAAGUUGAUCCGAACGACCCUAAUGGGCCGGAGCUAGAAGUGCGAAUGGAUGAGCUUCGAUCCAACAUCCGUCGCUCUGAGAUAUCGAAGGCCAAGUACGAGGCUAGGCUUGAAUGCUUGAGAACCAGCGGGGCCCCUGUAGAUGAGUGGCUAAAGGAAAUAGAUUUGCUCGCAGUACAAGAUACGCUGCCACGCAGUAGCAGUCUUCUGAGUGUGCGCACUGAUGCAUCGGGUGCAGCUGUAAGUGAUCAACCCAGCUCGGAUUCAUUUUAUGACAGCGAUAACACUGAAGGGGAGGCAGCAACAUCUGCAGCUGCGACAGCUGGCACUUCUGGCCACCAGAGAACCACAUCUGAUUCUCAAAACGAGGACGAGCAAGAUGAUGAAGUUGAUGGUUCGGAAUUGGAAGAAGAACGCAUGCGUAUAGAGCAGUUAACCGUUGGUUGGGAUGAUCCAACCCAAGUUAGUUGGGGCGAGACCGAAGCGGAACCCGCAGCUGCUGAAACAACUGAACCUCCUGCGGCUCCUCUGUAUAAAUGUACAGCUUUGUACUCAUACACGGCUCAAAACCCAGAUGAGUUGUCGAUCAUUGAAAAUGAGCAGCUGGAAGUAGUUGGCGAAGGAGAUGGUGACGGUUGGCUGCGUGCCAGGAACUAUCGUGGUGAGGAAGGAUAUGUACCGCAUAACUAUCUUGAUGUGGAUAGGGAACAGGCGUCUAGUGCACCAGGGCUGGUUGCCCAGAUAUCUUUCUCCUCCGUGGAUUACACAGUGGAAGGUGAAGACGCGGAAGUUGUGCAGUCCCCAGAUCAGAUUUCAGUUAUCUCGGCACCAACCGCUAAACCUGAGGAGCCGAAGGUUGAGGAACAAGCUAAGGCUGAAAUACCCCAACCGAUAACCUUGCCAACGCUUGGCUAUUGCUUUGCACUAUAUGACUAUGAUGCUGAGGCCAACGAUGAACUCAACCUUGAAGAAGGACAGAUUAUUCGUAUCGUGUCACGUGAUGCCCACAAUGUGGACGACGGAUGGUGGCGUGGGGAAGCUAAUGGCAUAAUCGGCAAUUUCCCGUCUCUGAUUGUCGAGGAAUGCGACGAGAACGGUGAACCGCUGAGCAUCGGAGAAGAUUGGACCCCACCAAGCUCUGCGCCACCAGUAUUUGUGUCUCCACCAAGGUCACCUGAUGCUGACUUUGACGAUGAGGAGGUCAUGACAGACAACAACAAUAGCAAGGGAGGGGCGCCCCCCGCUGCCCCCCCACCGCCGCCACCGGCUGAUCUUGACGACUCUAUGGACAGUCAACCAGACUUCAGCUUUAAUUUAGAGCUAAGUAGGAAUCAGCAUGAACAAUAUGACUUGCAAUUUUCUGAACCACAACCGAGCCAGGCAUCGGUUGCACCAGCCGUUACUAUUGUCGUCGAUGAAGUUGUCGGUGAAAGUGUUGAGGAAGAGGAAGAAGAGGAGCAAUGCGAGCCGCUGCCGCCCCCGCCGCAGCCGAUCAAGCCUGCGCCGCUGAUUGUUGAGGCCGGCGGCGGCUGCGGCCUGGGCGUGGCGCAGAUCGUGAUCACGGCCGCCACGCCGAUGGUCGAGGAGCCUGACCAGCCCUUCCCCCCGCCCGAACCCGAGCCUGAGCCUGAGCACGACGAGAACGAAGACGAGGAGUCGUCGCUCUCCGAGCAGACCGCCGUCUGCCUUCGCGAAGCAGCCGACGGGCCGGCGUACUCUGCCCCGCACCCCGCCUCCAGCUCCACCGCCUCCGAAGGCGAGUCCACCGGCGCGUCAGUCGCCUCCGGACCCCCCACCGCCCCGCAGUCGCCCCCGGCGGCACCGCGCGCCGGCCGCGCCUCUAUACCCGACGAGCUCGAACCAGCACAGCUCGCAAGGCUCACUGAUCUUAAGGAGUCCAACGCU